CCUCUACUGAGAGCCGCUUCCACGCAGGACGCUUCAAUUUAACCUUAAUAAGAGCUCGCUGCCACUUUCCGUCAACAUGGACAUCAACUUGAAGACGAUGCAGAAUUCCGUGGGGGUUUAUUCUGUGAACGAAGCGGCUUCCAAGGACUCCUGUCUGAGACGCAUUGGCAGAUGCAUUCCGCUCAAUUACCGCACUGAACUCAUUCAGCUCCUCAAACUCGCGGGACCAGUGAUCAUUUCCCAGAUGAUGAUCUUCAUGAUCAGCAUCGUCAGCAUGGUGUUCUGUGGUCAUUUGGGAAAAGUAGAACUUGCAGCUGUAUCAUUAUCAAUUGCAGUGGUUAAUGUGACUGGUUUAUCCAUUGGAACCGGGCUAUCCUUAACUUGUGAUACCCUCAUAUCUCAGACCUAUGGGAGCGGAAACCUGAAGCGUGUGGGGGUGAUCCUUCAGAGGGGGAUUCUGAUUCUACUGCUGGCUUGUUUCCCCUGCUGGGCUGUUCUCAUCAACACUGAACCUAUUCUAAUCGUAGCCAAACAGAGCCGAGAGGUUGCCAGUCUGUCACAACUUUAUGUGAAGAUCUCCAUGCCUGCUCUGCCGGCGGCAUUUAUGUACCAGCUGCAAGGGAGAUAUCUUCAAAAUCAGGGAAUCAUUUGGCCACAGGUCAUAACCGGCGCAGUUGGGAACAUUUUAAAUGCAGUCAUCAAUUAUGUUUUCCUACAUCUUCUGCAUUUGGGAGUUGCUGGUUCCGCUGCCGCCAAUUCAAUCUCACAGUACGUGUUGGCUGUGGUCUUAUUUAUUUACAUUAAUUGGAAGGGGUUGCACAAGGCCACGUGGGGAGGCUGGUCUGUCGACUGUUUACAAGAGUGGGGACCCUUUGUUAAGCUGGCCAUCCCAAGCAUGCUCAUGCUUUGUCUGGAAUGGUGGCUAUUUGAAGUUGGAGGAUUCAUUGCUGGUAUAAUUAGUGAAAUAGAGCUGGGAGCCCAGUCCGUUACAUAUCAGCUCACAGUUGUAGCUUACAUGUUCCCACUUGGAAUUUCUGCAGCUGUUAGUGUUCGAGUAGGGAAUGCGCUUGGUGCAGGAAACAUUGAGCAAGCCAAGCUGUCAAGCAAAGUUUCCAUCAUCUUUGCAUUUAUCGUGGCCUUUUUUGUUGGUCUUACCAUCACCCUUGCCAAAAGUGUCAUUGGCUACAUUUUCACCUCAGACCUAGAAAUUUUGAAACGGGUUGCUGAAAUCUUGAUUGUUUUCAUCUUCUUGCAUCUUUCUGACGCUGUUGCGGGUGUGUGCGGAGGUGUCAUCCGAGGAGUUGGGAAACAAAAGGUUGGUGCUCUUUGUAACCUGGUGGGACACUACUUCAUUGGCUUUCCCAUUGGCUUGGCCUUAACCUUUGCGGCAAAAUUGAACAUCCUAGGGCUUUGGAUAGGUCUUACUCUCUGUGUCUUCAUGCAGGCUACUUUCUUACUCGUUUAUCUAUACAAACUAGAUUGGAGUAAGGCUGCUGAAAAGGCUAAAAUUAGAGCCGGGGUCCAGGUCCCCUAUGACGACACGGUCAAGACAGAAGAUUGCAAGUUCGACUCAAACACCAACCAGGACCCAGUUACUUCUCCUACAUCCAGGUGUGAGAGCGCUUCAGAGGGCCAACAGCUUCCAGAUCAACAUAAAACUGCAACUACCAUAGUCGGCAAUGUUCUCACAGUAAAACAGCUGCUUUUGAAGCGUAGCUUGAUUUUACUUAUCUUUGUUGCCAUCUUAGCAGCCGGAAUUAUCGCCAGUCACUUCCUUGUCAAACUGCUGAAAUGAGCCUCGUGUUGGUUUGUAACGGACAGUCAUUAAGUGAACACUAGAGGACUCAAUAGUGGGUUUAUUAGUUGCUUCUAAUAUCAACUCAUCUCUUAUGUCAUGAGUAAAUCAUCACGAUCAAACCCACGACCAUAAACGUGUCAAU